UUUGAACUCUUCGAACUCUGGAUCCCCAUUCACAGUCUUCUCCCCAGUGCAGGAGGCUCCGAGGCGCACUUCGCCGCCCAAAAAAGCACCGUUUUCGCUCCCCGGCGGGGCUCCAUUGAUGCUUGAUUGGUUUGUGAUGCUUGGAAAGUUAGGAAUUCGACUCUUAGGGUUUCCAUCUUGUUGCUGAAGCAGAGGGAUGCAUUGUUGAUUCAUGCAAGGCAGGGCUGUUGAGUUGUAGAAGAGGCUUUUGGGUUGCAGGGGAUAUGCCCACCUGGUUAAUUAUCUGAAGUUGCAGGGAAAAAAAAAAGGGGAUAUGGCUCUUCAGAAGCAUGUUCCAACGGGCGAUCCAUCUCCUGCUACAAUUAAACCCUUGAGGUUCGUCACCAGAGGACAUGGAAAUACUUUGCUUGUAGAUCCACAGUCGAGGAACAAAACGAAGCCCGACGUGGACAUAGACCUUAAAGAAGUUUACUUCUUGAUUAUGCAUUUCCUGUCUACUGGACCAUGUCAAAGAACUUGCGGACAACUGUGGAAUGAGCUUCUUGAGCAUCAACUUCUACCAAGAAGAUAUCAUGCGUGGUAUUCAAGGAGUGGUGGGGCCAGUGGGGAUGAAAAUGAUGAUGGUGUAUCAUUACCGUUGAGUUACAAUAACUUGUUAGAGAGGAAUCCUCACAUCGAAAAGGAUCACUUGGUAAAGCUUUUGAAGCAGUUAAUGCAUACUAGUGCUUCUCCAUCACAAGGUGUGACUGGUGGACGAGCUCCAACUGCAGCUGAUGUUCCUACUCUGUUAGGAACAGGUUCAUUCUCAUUGCUGAAUGAAGAGGAAAAAGGACAAAAUGAAGUUAGACAUCCACCUUCUCACAUGCGUUGGCCCCACAGGCAAGCAGAUCAAGUUCGAGGGUUAUGCCUCCGGGAAAUUGGGGGUGGUUUCGCUCGUCAUCAUCGUUCGCCGUCAAUUCGGGCGGCUUCCUAUGCAAUUGCAAAGCCGUCAACCAUGGUGCAAAAGAUGCAGAAUAUCAAGAAGAUCAGGGGGCAUAGAAAUGCAGUGUAUUGUGCAUCAUUUGACCGCUUGGGAAGAUAUGUUAUUACCGGCUCAGAUGAUCGUCUAGUCAAAAUCUGGUCUAUGGAAACUGCAUAUUGUCUGGCAAGUUGUCGCGGACAUGAAGGUGAUAUUACUGAUCUGGCUGUGAGUUCCAAUAAUGCUCUGGUGGCAUCCUCAUCGAAUGACUGCAUCAUUCGUGUUUGGCGUCUUCCUGAUGGGCUGCCGAUUUCAGUUCUUCGUGGGCAUACUGGGGCAGUUACCGCCAUUGCUUUUAGCCCAAGACCUACUGCUGUUUACCAGCUUCUAUCGUCAUCGGAUGAUGGAACGUGCAGAAUUUGGGACGCCAGGAAUUCCCAGUUUUCUCCGCGGAUAUAUGUCCCACGGCCUGCAGAUUCUGCAGCAGGAAGGAAUGGGGCUCCACCAGCAAGUUCAGCUCCUCAGAAUCAUCAAAUAUUCUGUUGCGCAUUCAAUGCCAAUGGAACAGUGUUUGUCACGGGCAGUUCAGACACUCUUGCUAGGGUUUAUAAUGCUUUUAAGCCCAACAAGGAUGACGGGGACCAGCCAAAUUACGAGAUAGAUGUCCUGGCUGGCCAUGAGAAUGACGUCAAUUACGUGCAAUUCAGCGGCUGUGCAGUGGCAUCAAGAUUUUCCCAAGCUGAAACUUUGAAAGAAGACAAUGCUUCAAAAUUUAAAAACUCUUGGUUUAGUCAUGACAAUAUUGUCACUUGUUCUCGUGAUGGAAGUGCUAUUAUAUGGAUUCCAAAAUCACGGAGAUCACAUUCAAGGGCUGGACGCUGGAGUCGUGCAUACCACCUUAAAGUUCCACCUCCACCGAUUCCACCUCAACCUCCACGUGGGGGUCCUCGUCAGCGAAUCGUCCCAACCCCUCGUGGUGUAAAUAUGAUAAUAUGGAGCCUUGAUAAUCGCUUUGUCCUUGCUGCUAUCAUGGAUUGUAGAAUAUGUGUAUGGAAUGCAUCUGAUGGUAGUUUGGUGCAUUCAUUGACUGGCCACACUGAUUCAACAUAUGUUCUCGAUGUUCACCCUUUCAACCCAAGGAUUGCUAUGAGUGCAGGUUAUGAUGGAAAAACAAUUGUUUGGGAUAUUUGGGAAGGCAAGCCUAUCCGGAUAUAUGAGAUGUCACGCUUCAAAUUGGUUGAUGGGAAAUUCUCACCGGAUGGGACGUCGAUUAUUCUCUCAGAUGAUGUUGGUCAACUUUAUAUAUUAAGUACUGGACAGGGAGAGUCCCAAAUGGAUGCGAAGUACGAUCAGUUCUUCCUUGGGGACUAUCGGCCCCUUACUCAAGAUACCUAUGGGAAUGUGCUCGAUCAGGAAACACAGCUUGCUCCCUAUCGAAGGAACUUGCAGGAUCUGCUCUGUGACUCUGCAAUGACUCCAUAUGAAGAACCUUAUCAGAGCAUGUACCAGAAGCGUAGGUUGGGAGCUCUUGGGAUUGAGUGGCGCCCUUUUUCUCUAAGGCUCACCGUGGGACCCGACUUCAGUCUGAACCAGGAGUUCCAACUGCUCCCAUUGGCUGAUUUGGAUGUGCUCCUCGAUCCGUUGCCGGAAUUUGUAGAUGCAAUGGACUGGGAGCCCGAGAACGAAGUAGUGGUAGUGACUGACGAUAAUGAUUCAGAGUACAAUGUUGCCGAGGAAUAUUCUUCCGGAGGGGAGCAAGGGAGUCUAGGUUCCACUUCCUCGGAUGAGCCUGAGUUCAAAUCUGAGGAUAGUGAGGCUGAGGACUCUAUUGAUGGUUUACGUAGAUCGAAAAGGAGAAAGCAGAAGGCAGAGGUUGAAAUUAUGACUUCAUCUGGGAGGCGCGUGAAGAGGAGGAACCUGGAGGAGAACGAGGUUGACAUUUUCAGAAGUAAACAUGGAAAGAAACAUAAGAAUGGUAAGAAAAAGAAGAAAUCUUCAAAAUCAAAAGGAGUGAGACCUCGGAGGAAGGCUGCUCGGAAUGCUCUCACUCUGUUUUCAAGGAUCAGGGGAGCAUCCACAGAUGGAGAAGAAGAAGAAGAAGAAGAUUAUACAUCAGGAUCUGAUUCUUCAGAAAGUGAAUCAAGGGGACUAGAUUUGAUUCUCCAGAGUGAGGAGUCAGAUCAGUCAUUGGGGAACAAGCAAAUCAAGUUCUCGAAAGGAAAGGAAAAAGUGACCUUGGAUGGGUCCGAGGAUGCUGCUGCAGAACAGCGAGAAAAUUCUGAUAUUCCUGUGAUCCCUGAAAAAAGGCGGAGGCUGAUUCUGAAGCUGCCAGUUCGAGAUUCGAACAAGAAAAUUCCUCCAGAACUCGUGACUAAUGAAUCUCCUCUAGAAGUUGGACCGGCAAGUAGAAAAGAUUCCUCUAUGGAAGGUCCAUCCAGUGGUGCCAAUUGCAGCUUGGUUCCAAUGAGAGGGAAAGAGCACGAGGAUAAGGUUAAGACUGAAAAUUGUCUAGACUUGACUGAAGGGUACACGAAUGGUAAGAUAAAAUGGGGUGGGGUCAAAGCCCGAUCUGUUAAACGUCCGAGAAUUGCAGAGACAGCACCAUUAAUCCCUUAUGCAGAAACUGGUUUGCUUUCAGAUGGUAAUGAUGAAAGUGCUAAUACGAUGAAUGGGUUUCUGAAAAUUGAAGGGUCUCCAAAGUUGCGAGACAAUGGUAAGCUUGAGGUGGAGAAAAAAUUGCGAGAAGAGGAUGGUGUUCCUUUUGAGGGUGAAACCCCACCUAUUGCUUCCUUAGAUGAAGUCAAAGAUGGCUUGAAACUACUUUCUGCAUCAGAUAAUGCUCCAGUUGGUUCAGCAGAUUCAUCGCAACAAGAAUUAAGAAUCGCUGUUGACGACUGUAGAGAUGGUCCAGACAAUACUGCAUCAUGUAAAAGCCCUUUGAGCGCAUCCCAAAAUCGAACCCUAGAAGCAUUUGAUCCCAUUAGCAAUAAGAGAAUUACUGUAGACGAUGGACAUGAGGGAUGCCAAGAUUCAGAGAAUAAUCCUUGCUCACUUGCCACGCAGCAAAACUCAAUCUCCCAUAACAAGACCUAUGCUGUCUAUAGAAGAUCGAAGCUCAACAAAGCUAAGACUAACAAUACAAACAGAGAUGGUAUUAGGAUUGAAGAAAGCACUUCGAACACUGACAAGAACGAAAGCAAUGCGAGUGCUGAGUUGGAGUCUCGUGAAGGCUCACCCAAUGGGGCCUGCAAGACUGGUUCCCCAGAGUCGAAGUUUGCUGUACGUGACCCAAGCUCUGUGAAUGAUGGCUUGGGGAAUGAAGAGGAAGCCUAUCAAAGUCGUGAGAGUAGGUCGAGAAGAAAUGGUCUUCAAAAUGAAGAUUGGGGAUCAAGUCCAAAAGUUACAGUGGGGUUGAGGUCGACUAGGAAUAGACGGGCCAGUUGCUAUCUACGAGAUGCUAGUAGUGCAGUUGAGAAAAGGAAGCUGAAUCAUCAACCCUCAAAGAAAGGCUCAUGGUUGUUACUGACUGCGCACGAGGAGGGGUCCCGUUACAUACCUCAACAAGGGGAUGCAGUAGUCUACUUGAGACAGGGCCAUGAGGAUUUCCUCAGUCAGAGCGGCUCGAGGGAGCGCGCGCCUUCAAAGCUACUGAAGUCGAAAAUAAGGGCAGUGGAAUUUUGCAGCGUUGAAGGUCUUGAGUAUUCCAUAAUGGCUGGGUCUGGGGAGAGCUGCUGCAAGAUGACCCUCCGAUUUGUGGACCCCACUUCAAAUGUGUUCGGUGAGACAUUCAAACUGACCCUUCCCGAGGUGACAGGCUUUCCCGACUUUCUUGUUGAGAGGAACCGCUUUGAGGCUGCUAUUCAGAGGAACUGGACAACUCGGGACAAGUGCAGGGUUUGGUGGACGAAUGAGGGAGAAGAUGGCGGGAGUUGGUGGGAUGGGCGGAUUUUGUCCAUGAAGCCUAAAUCUCCGGAAUUUCCUGACAGUCCAUGGGAGAGGUUCAUGAUCCAGUACAAAAGCGAUCCCACGGAGACCCAUUGUCACAGUCCCUGGGAGCUUUUUGAUGCUGAUACCCAGUGGGAACAGCCCUGUAUUGAUGAAGAGAGCAGAAAUAAGCUUCUGCUCUCGAUCAUGAAACUGGAGCAGUUGGGGAACAGCGUACAGGACCGCUAUGGAGUAGAAAAACUGAGGCAAGUUUCACAGAAGUCGAUUUUUAUGAACAGGUUUCCGGUUCCAUUGUCUCUCGAGGUAAUCCAAUCAAGGUUAGAGAACAGCUACUACCGAAGCUUGGAUGCUGUGAAGCAUGAUAUAAGGGUGAUGCUCUCAAAUGCAGAAUCCUACUUUGGGAAGAAUCAGGAGGCUUCAGCGAAAAUUAAACGCUUAUCAGAUUGGUUCUCACGUCUCUUGUCGUCCUUGUAGCGUAUAGAGGAGAAUUAAUCGUAGAGGAAGAUUGCCAUGAUCAAUCAAAGUUGUAAAAAUAGCCCUCAUUAGUUUCUUCAUUUUUUCCAUUACGACCCCUCCUCCGCAUUCUGUAGAUAAAGAAAAUUUUUCACUUCCCAUAGCUUCUCCGAUGACUCUUAUUUCAACACAGAUUUGGGAGUUGAGGGAUUCUUUCUUUAGGGGCUGAUUAGUGAGAUCUGAGGAGAAAAUAGAUGGCUGUGGAGAAAUCUCCAUGAUUCAUUCUGUAUAGAGACACCUGAUCUUCAUCAAAGAAAAUAAAAAAAUAGGAAAUGAUUUCAACUCU